UCGCACGUGCUAGAUGAGUGCUCUACUGCUGAGCCACAACCCCAGCCCUGCUGCUUGAUCUUAAUAACUGCAGAUCAUCUUUACUGAAACGUUAAAUACAGUUUGAAGUCACUCAAGACAAACUGGCAGAGCUAUAAAGGACUUAGAGCCCCUUUCUUAUGCAGCACAGCAGAAUGAAGCAAUUCGCCCCAAAUCACGCAAAGCCUGGAUUUAAGUCGAGCUCAGCUGUGAUCAUGGAGCGCUAAUGCCAGCUGAUGGUGGCCGUUUCCAGAACGGAAUAGCUACAGGACUUUAUUAGGCUUGUAUUCCAUUUUAAACAUUUGUGGCUACAGCUCUUACACAUUAGCGUUUCUAAAUUAAAAAGAAAAAAAAAAUCAGAACCAUCUUUUUUUCCUGAUACAUGUAUAUACCACCAAUAUAAAGAUAACCAUUAUAUACAUAACUGAUGUAAAUCUUUGCAUUGCUAAAAGGAUGGUUUACUUGCAGGCUGCAUGCUUUAUAAGAAAUGUAGGUCUACCUAAUUAGUACUUACUCAUAUCUUCGAUCAUUAAUCAUCAAUUUAGUGAGAGUCAUUGAGCCUACUAUAUGAAAAGAGGCCAAGCAGUAGGCACUCACUGGAGGAUAGCUGGGUUUUUUUGUUGUUGUUGUUUUGUUUUUAAUCUAUUGUUAUUCUGUCAUUCAAAGAGAUACAAAACUACUGUCCAAGGCAUUUCUGUUGCCUGAACCUAAAAGCAAGGGUGUCACCCUGGUGAUAAACAUUUUGAUAAUGUGUGGGCCAAGUCCCCAGACUUAGUAAAAGCACCUUUGUCCUUGCUCAAGAGGAAUAUCAACAUGGAUCCUGAUGGGUCUGUACAAGAUCCUGAAGAUAAGGAAUAUUCUUCUGUCUGUGUUGGCAGAGAAGAUGACAUUAAAAAAUCUGAAAGAAUGACAGCUGUUGUCCAUGACAGAGAAGUGGUCAUUUUCUACCAUAGAGGAGAAUAUCAUGCUAUGGAUAUUCGCUGUUAUCAUUCAGGAGGACCUUUACAUUUGGGAGAAAUAGAGGAUUUUGAUGGACGACCAUGUAUAGUUUGCCCCUGGCAUAAAUACAAAAUUACUUUGGCAACAGGAGAAGGAUUAUACCAGUCUAAAAACCCUAAAGAUCCAUCGGCAAAACCCAAGUGGUGCUCCAAAGGAAUAAAGCAAAGGAUUCAUAGAGUGACAGUGGAUAAUGGGAAUAUUUAUGUGACUCUUUCUAAGGAACCCUUUAAGUGUGACUCUGAUUUUUAUGCCACUGGAGACUUCAAAGUAAUUCGGAGUUCUUCCUGAUAAAAAUAUAUGACAAUGAAAAGUG